AGUUUCAGAGUUUAUAAACACGUUUCCGAAUUACGUGCAUGAGUUUCUUGCUUUUUCAAAUCUCCAGUCUUAACCUAACCAGUUUUAUUGAUUUCUGGUGUUAAUUUACAAACGAAUUUCGUAUUUUUAAUGUUUAUAUCGAUUUCCAUAACACGACUGUAUAUACCAGCAAUGUCCAGGAGCUUUUGGAGGGCUUCUAGAUAUAUAUAUUUCUGAUUAAAGGUUAAACAAGAAUUGAGCUUAAGAUUUCUAAUAAUUUGUGGGCUUUUAAAAGUUCGUUGUCGACUCUAUCUCCAGGUAUUUACCAAGAUGAAAUUUUGGUACCAAAGGCGAUGAAUAGAAGGUGGUUUUUUUUGGUAUAACAGUGUAAUUAAUGAAGAAUUUGGUGUCGAGUAUAAUUCUGAUUCACUGGUCUAUACCUAGAUACAUACUCGCGACAAGUUUUUAAAUUGUUUACUCAAAAAACAAUUAAGUAUAAAGAAAUUUCGACUGAAAUCUGUCCUGUAGUAAUUUGUUGUUCACAGACAAAAUUCUAGAAUAAAAAUUAUAAAAAUGGGUGAUACAGAACUUCUGAGGACCCUUACUCUCAAUUACGUGGAAAACGUGGUUGAGUUUUAUAAAAAUAGUAAUAAUGUAAGAAGAGGAUUUGCUUAUAACUGUAUAGCCAAUGUAAUUAGAGCUAAAAAAAGGAAUCCUACUUUACCAAUCGAUUUUUAUACUACACUCGGUGGAAUGACCAGAGACAAGAUAAUAUUUAUUUUCACAACGUUCAAGUAUUGCUUAGAAAUAAAAGUUUUCGCCAUGGAUCCUCGCCGAAUAUCGGCUAAAAGGGCUAUUUAUAAAGCUAUUUAUACCACGAACAGAAUUACUAGAGUACUGUUAAGUACUGAUGUGGUUUUUAGAGAUGUCGAUGAACAUCUGUGCUCUACAGUGAGAGAAGCCGUAGAUAAUCGACGUCUACUUAUUUUGGCCAUAGAAAUAAGUGACGUUCAUUCUAUGCAUCCUAGUGUCAUUAAAAACAUGGAUAUUCAAAUCCCCGAGGAAGUCUACGUAAAACAAGUAGAAGAAGACGACGCCGAACUGAUCAUAUCAACUCACGACUAUCUCUUUCCACCGAGCACCGAUUUUUUUCGAAAACUGAUCAGAUUUUACGGCGGCUACGGCCUUUGUUCCAAAGAAAAUAACGAAUUAUUAUCUUGGGGACUGAUAACCACGGGAGGAACCAUCGAUUUCGUAGGGACAGUCGAUAAAGCAAAAAGAAAAAAUUACGCGAGAACCAUCAUCAAAUUAUUAGCCAAAGAAUUAAUCUUCUGGGAAGACCAAAAAGUAAUAGGUAUUUUCAAAGAACUCCUAGCAGAAGAUGAAAUUUUUCUUUCGGUAUGCGGGUUCAUGAAACUGUCAAUUCCAGAUCACUACAUGACGUUAUAUUGUACUCCAUCGCGAGUACUCCACAUAUGGGAGAUACCGAUUCGUAGUAAACCACUCCCGUACCCCUUGAUAGAUCUAGAACCGCCCGUUUUCGAAGAAGCAUCUUCGAGUUAUUACGAAACGUCAAAAAAAUCUCAUAUUCCAGUAUCGAGAACAAUUUCCGACGGUAACGAAUCACCUGUAACAAAUUUACAAGAAAUACCUGAUACCUGUAUACCCAGACCUAAUUAUGACGAUGAUGAUCCUUCUAUAGCUAGACCAAGACCUCUUAAUUGGAAACCGAGAAAAUGUUAUAUGAUGUCCGAUGAAGACGAAUUAUCUGAUGCUUACAACGAAGAAGAUUUACCGGAAGAAAAACCUACUGAAGGUAAAACGAAUCCUCUUAAGGCCAAAUUUGAAAAAUUGAAAAAAUUCGGUAAAAGUAUAUUAAUAGCGGUUGCCACUAAAUUACGUAAACCUGAUAAUGAAGAUUCAAGCGAAUCUGAAGAUAUUUCGAUCGAAUAUUAUUUCACAGACGAAAUCGUACAAGCUAGUAACGAUCUAAUGGAAAUACGACCAAUUUCCCCUAGUACUUGUACUAGACCUUCUACUUUAACCGAAUGGUUACUUACUAGAAAAACUAUCAAGGAAAACGAACGAAAAGAAGCUUUAAAAAGGCAAUCGAUCGUUGAAUUUACCGUUGAACCAAUUCCUUCUACACCAGGACCUUCUAAUAUUCCAAUUGGUACACAAUCUAGUACUAAAUCGAAAUCUUCCACUAAGCUAACAAGUGCUAUUAAAAAAAUGAUUAUUAGUCCUUCUACAGCAACUACGUCCAGUAAAUCAAUUCCUGGUUCAUCAACUGCGAGUAAAUCGACUGGUGCAAUUAGCAGGGUUACUAGAAGUAGUAAAUUAACCGGAGGGGAUACUUGUAAACUGAUAGGAACUAAACCGACGAUUUCUAAAGUAACUAUAAGCGCGAUUACUAAAACUACCGGUCCGAUUAGAAAACCGGCUAGAAAAUCCGUAGAACCGGGAAUUUGCGAAAUGCCCGAUUUAGUUACAACGCGAAAUUACGACGAAACGACUCGUAGAUUGGUAACUAGAAAAAAAACGCUCGAAAAAACUACUACAGUUGAUAAAAAAGGAAAAAAAGAUAAAAAGAAAACCAAACAAAAAGAUAAAGAUAAAUAAGAAAUUGUGUUAUAUUCAAAUUGUUAUUAUUUCUUUAUAUUUAAUACCAAAUUUAUCAUUACAUAUCGAAAAUAAUGAUUUUCUAUAAAAAUUUCAUACUUCAUAUAUUAUAUGUGUUUUCUGUCUUUAUACUUUUCUCAGUGUAAACAUAUAUUAUAUUUUUUAUUCGUAAAUUUUAUUUUAAACAAUGUAAAAAAUUCAAUUGUACUUAAUUUUAAUUAAUAAAAUAUUAUGUAAUUGUAAUACCUUUUAAGAAUUAAAAUCCAAUUAUUAAAA